CGGAGAGCUGCCUUCAGCCUUAUAGACAACAAACUCAGAGUAGGUCUAACCACCUCCCGAGCAGGUUAGACCCACGGCGUAUGUUGCCGCAGCAACUAACUCUCGGUUGCGCUGAACCUGCUACCUGAAACGGAAAACCCAGAGUUUCCACUAACUCAGAGCGAACAAACUCGGGGUUGCCUCAAAACCAGCUACCUGAAACAGGGCUCUGUAGUGAGUGAGUUCCGACCCUAGCAGAGAGGUGUCACUGCUCCUCCCGCUGUCAGCGGAUCUCAGGGUCUGUUGUUGGCGGUCUGCUGAAGACUCGUGAGAGCCGAGCCGCUCCGGUCCAGCAGUCUGGUCGUGUUUACCUGAAGCCGGGGAGCUCGGGUCUGAAGAGAGGGGUUCUGACCGCAGGUGCUCCUCCAAUAAGGCCAUGUCCAGACAGAGCAGGGACACUGGAGCCACGUGGAGGCACGUGUGGAGCGGCAUGCGGCGCGACGCGGACGCCAGGGCUCUGGUGUUGGCGUCGGAGAACGGAGACUGGGACUACGAGCGCCUGCAGUACAGCGACUCGGACUCGGAGGCGGAGCUCCCGGCGGCGGGGGGCGUGGCCCCGGUGCCCAGCGCGGUGCCCGUCACCGGGGAGUCGUACUGCGGUUGCGACUCCCAGGCGGAGAGCGGCUUCAGCCCCCGUCUGAGAGGCUUCCACCGGGCAAAGGACUGCCGCUGUGGGGAGGAGGAGCAAGAGCUGGACUGGGUGUGGGAUGGCGGCAGCGGCUCCACGGCCACGCGGCUGAGCUGUGGCGACCGGCAGGUGAAUUUCCACAGCGAGUACAGCUGCGGCACGGCGGCGGUGCGCGGCUCCAAGGAGCUGGCGGACGGCCAGCACUUCUGGGAGGUGAAGAUGACCUCUCCGGUGUACGGCACUGACAUGAUGGUCGGCAUCGGCACCUCGGACAUCAACCUGGACAAGUACCGCCACUCCUUCUGCAGCCUUCUGGGGAAGGACUGUGAGAGCUGGGGCCUCUCCUACACCGGGUUGCUGCAUCACCAGGGGGACAAGAUGAGCUUCUCGUCCCGCUUCGGUCAGGGCUCCAUCAUCGGGGUCCACCUGGACACCUGGCACGGCAUGCUCACCUUCUUCAAGAACCGCAAGUGUAUCGGCGUGGCCGCCACCCAGCUGCACAACAAGCGCUUCUACCCGAUGGCGUGCUCCACGGCGGCCAAGAGCAGCAUGAAGGUGAUCCGCUCCUGCUCCGCCCCCACCUCGCUGCAGUACCUCUGCUGCGCCCGUCUGCGCCGCCUGCUGCCCGGCUGCUCCGACACGCUGGACGUGCUGCCACUGCCGCCCGGCCUCCGCCAGCUGCUGCACAACAAGCUGGGCUGGGUGCUCAGCCUGGACGGGGGCGCCCCGCCGGGGGGGGCCGGGCCCCGUGGGCCCCCGGCGGCCCCGACCGGGUUGUCCUCGUCGGAGAGCGACUCUGAGGGCUGCGCGUCGGACCGGGAGGCCGGCCGGAGGAAGAGGUUUCGCUGGACAUGAGGUCCGCCUUCCUGCUCGUCUCCUGGACCACGUUGGUGGAGGACCAGGCGGGCGGGGCGCCCUCGGCGUGCCCCCCCCCCCCGCGGGGUUCCCACGCAGACAGACGCGCUGAGCCUGAGGUCAGAGACGAUGGCGUCACUCGCCGCUUCCUUAGGGAGGAAAACCAGACGGACGGUUAGUGUUCGACCGGCACAUUUCUGAUGUGUUGUUGCUUUAGUAUUCUGUGUCCAUAUGAUCACCACACUCCAUGCUGCUUCAGUAGUGUCUUAAAGGUGGGGGCCUCGGGGCUUAGCCCCUCUUCGGUUGGCCUGUGUGUGUGUGUGUGUGUGUGUGUGUGUGUGUGUGUGUGUGUGUGUGUGUGUGUGUGUGUGUGUGUGGGUUGCUUUCUAGACAGGCGGUUUUACGAUGGUUCAUGACAGAUGGUAGCAAAGGAUUGUUCUAAUUCUUUUUCAUUAUGCAUCUUUGUAACAAUAGUUGUUGCCAAAACAAGGAUAUCUUCACCAGGUUUGUCCGUCCUACGGUUCCAUUUUGAUCUUGUUCUGUGUGGCUGUCUUAAUCAGAACUAUAGUUGUGGUUAUUGUGUGUCAUAGUGUGACAAAGUAUACUAUUAAAGCUCUAUUUUAACAUGAGGAAAUGAUUAUAGAAUGUAUAAUAUCUGACAUUUCUGACGCUAUUUUCUUUUUCUGAUGCCAAUACUUGUUUGACCCUUGCUAUUAGUAUUCAAAAAAACGUGAUCCAGAUUAUGCUUGAAAUGUUUCCUUUUAUAUUUUAUUUUAUUUUAAGCUAAUUAUUGCAUUCAACUAUAUGUAAAAAUAUACAUGCAUGUAAUAUAGAAAGAAGACUAAUAACUGACUGAGUUUGUACUCACUGUAACGGACAGGACUCUACUUCUGUUGACGAGGAUACAACUUACUCUGUUUGAUGCAAGCUCUCCCUCCAAUGCAUUGUCUGUAACUGCUUAUCUUUAGGAAAAUCUCCUAUCCAAGACAUGGAAUUUGCUAUGAAGUAUUUGGGUUUAAAACCCAAACCGCUCCACACAUUGGAAGAGGUUUGAAGAUGCUCCGCCCUCAUCAACCCGAAUGGUUUCAGUGGGCUUCAGGUCUGAAACACGAUCAGACUUCUAUGCACGUUGGCUUCCUGGAGGCAGAGACUCUUGUGACUUCAUACAGGAGGUGUUCAUCAGGCACAGGAACCUGUUCUUCAGGCAAUCAUGGAGAAGUUGGGGUAUUCCUUGUUGUGGGAUGAGACUGGGGUCUGUGAAUCAAAAUGUCCUGUGAUGAUUCAUUCAUCAAUUCAAAUGCUUUAUGUCACUGUCUAAGUUUUGUGAAAUUUAUUCAAGCUCUUUUUGCUAAAUGACAUCAAGGGUAAAUAAAAGGGAUAUUCUAUAACUUGCAAUUUUGACACAUCUGUUAUUCUUUACCUGCUUUCUACUGUAUAUGUCCAGCAUGGCCUUUUAAAGACACUAACAUAACAGGAAGGAAGGCUGUAUCUGCAUACGUCUUUAAUAAAAAUUCAAGUAUUU